AUGUUUAAAGAAACGAACGUUCUUCGUAAACAAACUUUUGGCAAAAUGUUGGAAUCCGAUCCAAAUGAUCAACAAGAUUUAUCCUUUCGAUUCACAAACAAGUCUCAAUUCAUCCCUGCAAAUCAGGAUCCAAUGACCUCGGGUAACAACUCUCCAUACAACGCGCCAUGGUAUCAAUCUUCCCCAUUUUCGACGGCCUCAUCGGGCCAAACAUCAGCAUAUCCGACUCCUUCACGAGACCAAUAUUCCUCGUCCCCGUUAUCGAAAUCUCCAUGGUCCUCUCACGUGGCUCUGCCAGCGAUGGAUAAUGGCAGUUGUUCUUAUACGGGACUAAUAGGGUCCCUUGUACGUGAAGAGGGUCAUAUAUAUUCAUUAGCUGCUUCCGCGGAUUUGCUGUAUACAGGUUCAGACAGCAAGAAUAUCAGGGUCUGGAAAAACCAGAAAGAAUUUACUGGUUUCAAAUCAAACAGUGGAUUGGUUAAAGCUAUUAUAAUAGCCGGCGGAAGAAUUUUCACCGGCCAUCAAGAUGGGAAAAUCAGGGUAUGGAAAGUCUCCGGCAAGAACCCUAAUAUUCAUAAGCGGAUUGGAACAUUGCCAACUUUUAAGGCUUACAUAAAAAGUUCAUUCAAUCCGAAAAAUUAUGUUGAAAUCAGACGACAUCGUAAUGCAGUUUGGAUCAAACAUUUCGAUGCCAUUUCGUCUCUCAGUAUAAGCGAUGACAAAUCGUUGUUGUACUCUGGUUCUUGGGAUAAAACGUUUAAGGUUUGGAGAGUUUCAGAUUUCAAGUGUCUGGAAUCAAUAAAAGCUCACGAUGAUGCAGUAAACUCCAUUGUUGCAGGCUUUGAUGGAUUAUUAUUCACAGGUUCAGCAGAUGGUACUGUUAAGGUCUGGCGAAGAGAAUCACAAGGACAGGGAAGAACAAAACAUAAUUUCUUAAAAACGUUGUUGAGACAAGAAUGUGCAAUAACUGCACUGGCUGUCGACCCAUCUGCCAUUGUUUACUCAGGAUCAUCAGACGGGCUUGUAAAUUUCUGGGAGCGCGAUAAGUUACUUUCUCAUUGUGGAGUUUUAAGGGGCCAUAAACUAGCAGUCUUGUGCUUGGCCACAGCAAGAAAUCUAGUGUUCAGUGGAUCAGCCGAUGCAAACAUUUGUGUAUGGAAAAGGGAAGAAGGAAAUCAUAUUUGUCUGUCCGUGUUGAUCGGCCAUGGUGGUCCGGUGAAAUGCCUGGCAGUUGAGGAUAAGGGAGCCUCCGCGGAUGGCCAUAGGCAGUGCAUUGUGUACAGUGGAAGUCUUGACAAGUCGGUGAAGAUAUGGAGUGUCGCGGCCGUGGAAACAAAACAACCACAACAUUCUCAAAUGGACGUCUAUGAUUCGCCUUACGAUGGCAGGCAAAGACAAUGGUGA